UUCUUUUUUCAGUUUCAGUGGUGACACGCAGAUCCAUGACCAUUAGCAUCUCGACCUCCGCCUGAAACGUGUAAAACCUUUAAAUACGAGCCGCCACUGUUGUUUGUUGUUUUUUGCAUUGAGGACAACGAUUGUUUGGGUGAGCUCCGAUUGGCCGUGCGCACCUCACGUGACGACUGACGUCUAUUUACAAGGAGACAAAGAAAGAGAGUAGUAUCAACUGGUUCGUACUCUGGUAGGAAGACGACGUACUCCUGUCAAGUCACGUACGCCUCGUCUGCGAAUGUUAUUGUGUUGCUCCUUGUGAGCACUGCUGAGGAAGGUACAGCCAUCAGAAGUCUAAUACAGCCGAUAUCCAGUUGGCAACGAAAGAGCUUUCCGGAUCACUUUAAUCUCGUCCAGGAACGACGUUAAUUGCUUGAGAGAUGUCGUCGAAAUCCAGCGUUGACGAUCUUUGCGGAGAAUCGUGGGUCCAUAUUGGGUCGCUCUCGCUGAGCGGUUCGCAGGGUGGCACCCCCGGGUCCGUGACCCCGCAUGUCAACAACGAAGAAUGUAUGAGGCUGCUCAGGGAGGCCCAGAGGGAGUCCAACAACUCGUCCACUAGGGUUUCACCGAGGAGCAGCCCCAAGUCGCCGCCGAAUAGUCCGGUCCAAGGGACACCUUUGAUCAUGGAAUGGCAGUCGUACUAUGUGAAUACCGAAAAUAAAGAUGAUGCGGAGUACUUUACCGACUGGAGCAGCCGUCCAGACCAAUUGCCGCCAAAGAAUUGGAGUUUCCGUCCGCCAAAGAGAGGACCACUAAGCUUGCGUCACGCUAAGCUUGGCAACGACAACGUCUUCUCACGCAAGGGCCUCUGCACAUUGUUUUUGACCAAUCUGCUGUCGCUGUUGUUGGGCACAGGAGUAGGUAUUUGGCUUAGCAAGUACGGAUUCUUUGUUCCAGCCAUCAAAGUGCGCUAAAUUGGCAGUACUGUAUUGUGUGUCCAAGCUGUGAUCCUGAGAAUAUUGAAUAUUAUGUUUCUUUAUAUUUUUAUUAUUAUUACUGCGUAGAAUUAUGCGUGUUUACUUGUGAUUUUUUGUACUUCUUGGAUCAUAGCUUGGGCGCACAACCCUGUGUAUGAGACUGGUAUUUUCUACAUGUUGCAGUCCAGUAGGAUCAACCUUAUGGAAUUCACUAAAUGCUUACUUUUGUAUCGUCUAAAUAUUUAAUCCCAAUAUUUUUUAAUUAAUAUUACUUAUAAUAUAUUAUAUAUAUACAUACAUUUAUUGAUUAUCUUGGUGGAACAACAUUGGUUUUGUACUUUCAUAUGUAAUUCAACACUUAAUUAGGGGUUGUUCCUCCAACUGUAAUGACCACUGCAUAUUUAAGAUUUUUCUUAGUAGUUUUAGGUCCAAUAAUAUUUACAUCACUUAU